GAUCCACGUGCUCAUCGGCUGCGCCUUGUUCAUGGCACCGGUUCUGAAGUUCAUUCCCCGCGCCGUCCUCCAGGGCGUUUUCUUCUACAUGGGCAUCGCCUCCCUGACGGGAAACAACCUCUUCGACCGCAUGAAGCUCUGGCUCAUCUGGGACUCCGCUAAGUAUCCGUCGUACCACUACAUCCAGAAGCUGCCCGUGAGCAGGGUCCACCUCUACACCUUCGUGCAGUUCAUCUGCCUGGCCAUCCUCUAUGGACUGAAGGAGAUCAAGGAGACUGCCGUGGUCUUCCCCUUCUUCAUGGCAUCCCUGGCCAUCAUCCGCAAGGCCAUGCGCUGGAUGUUCAGCGAGGAGGAGCUGAAGCAGCUGGACGGCCACCCCGCCGAGGACCCCGAUGAGGUGGAGGAGCCGGAGCCGGCGAAGCCCGACCUCCUGAACCUGGAGCCCACGAAGGAGGAGGCGCCUCAAGAAGUCACGGAGGAGGUCAGCAUGCCGGAGAAGGUGGAGAAGCCGAAGUCUGAGGAGAAAGCACCGGGGACAACGAGCUUGUCCUUGUAA